AGCCAGCUGUUAGCUAGCGUCUCGUGUCGCGGAGAAAAAGGGGGGAGCGGCCUGUGUGUGCCGUGUUGUGCUGUGUGGAACAAGGAACAACGAACUCUCUCCCUCGCGGAAGGGAAGAAGAGUCCAACAGCUUCCGCGAGAUCGUUCAAUGUUCACUCAUUUCUGGACCCUUUGACGGGGAAAUGGAGUAAUCUACCCAACCGACAAAUAUCCCUGGACUAUAGCUAGUGAGAUAACCGAGCCGAGGAAGGUUUGAACUCAUUUCUUUCACACGGAACACUGGAUUCAGAGUGAGAGUCAGGAUUGUGCCGCUGGUGGUGUAGGCUACGAGCCGGUGGUGAGUGGUAGCCCGUGGUGUAGGCUACUCUCCAGUGGUCAGUGAGUAGCCCGUGGUGUGGGCUACAAGCCAGUGGUCAGUGAGUAGCCAUCAUGUCAAGACGUAAGCAAUCCAAACCCCGGCAUGUGGACAACGAGGGUCUCGCCCUCACGGCCGCGGCGACUGACCCGGUGGGUCCCGGGAUGGAAUUCCGACAGGAAAACGAUAGAGAGGACGAUCAUACUAAUAUGGUCAAGUUUCUGAAGGACAGGAACGGUUGUGAGGACGAGGAAGGGGAGGAUGGAAGCAUGGAUCAUGUACACAAUAGUGAAGACAUGUCGUCUGACGCGGUCUCCCCAAUGUCUGGUAGCGGGAAACUGAGCGCUUGCGAGAAGUGUGGGAUCUGCUUCUCCGACCCUGGUCAGUACCUGGCACACAAGAAGUUGUGCGGCAACAGGAACCGUCUGCUCAUGCCCUAUGACCCGCCCGUCAACGGCCUGUUACAGAACGGAUACGACUUAGAUAGUGGUGGUGGUGGUGGAGGAGGAGAAGGAGGGGGAGGAGGAGGAGUGAUUGAAGGUAGCAGGAAGAGGACGCGGAAGGGAGUUGUGAGGCGUGUUAGCGGGGAGGAGAUGGAGAGGAUGAGAGAUAUAGGAGAGGAGGAGUGGAGGGAGGAGAGGAUUGAGGAGGAGGAAGGGAGUCUUCUAAACGGAGCUGACGAUAUAGAAGACAAUGCUGAAGCAGAUGUGUGUGGAGACGAACUCAGAAACUCUAGACUGAACGAGGAGACUGCGACCGCCGGGGCCGACUCGAGGUUCCGUGGUAAGAUUCGGUCAGAGGAGAAUUUCAUUCUUGGACUUCGGAACAGAAUGGCCAACUCUUUCCCUGAGAUGGGAGAGAAACACAGCGUAGACAAAGACGGGGAAGGCCGGAGCUUAGAUCUUCGCGGUCCCAACGACAACUGCUUUGAUAGAAACGACAACGAUGACAACAACGACGAUCAUGAUGACGACAACCGCAGCAACGACGGCGAUAAUGAAGACAGGAUAAAACGACAGAAGCUGAAUGGCGUAGAUUUCACCUCACCCAAAAGCGACAGCAGCGCCAGCAACAAAAAGAACAGCAUCAACAACAGCAGCAGCAGCAACAACAACAACAACAACAGCAGCAGCAAAGAAGGCAAUGAGGAUAACGACGAGGAUGAUGACGAAAACGCGAUAAAUGACGACGUUGACGAAAUGGUGGCUGGGGAUGGUCACGAGUCUGCAGGAUUCCGGAAAGGCGCCACAGGUCCCGGGGGUCACGCAGACCGCGCUCUAGCCUGGGCGCUGGGGGCGGCGGGGCAAGGUCUGUUCAGCGCCGGACACAAUAGCGUCACGCUUGAGCCUCUGGCCGCCACUAGCGCCGCUGUGGCUCAGUCUGUGGAUGGCGUGAGACCUGGGGGGAGGCCCGGGGAGGCGGUGCCCGAGGAGGUGAACGUGUUCAGGAACAUGUUGUUCCAGCUACAGCAGCAGCAGAUGAUGCAGAUCCAGAUGAUCCAGCAGAUGAGGCGACAGUUGAUCUCCUCCGGGGUCAACCCCAACCUGCUGCCCGCGGACAUUGACCUCAACCUGAUGACCAGCGAGGGCCUGGCCUCUGUCAGCGCCGCCAUGUCCGGUCUACAGAACGCCGCGGCGGCCUCCUCAGCAGUCAGCAGUAGCAGCAUCAGCGGCAAGAGCAGCCACAGCCACAGCCACAGCCUCAGCCACAGC